UCAAUACGGGUCAAACCAUGUCGACCAGGGUAAACAAUGAGUUUCGGGCCGUUUCGGGUCAAAACCGUCAUUUUGGGUCAAAACCGAGUCCACCGGGUCAAUACGGGUCAAACCAUGUCGACCGGGGUAAAAAAUGAGUUUCGGGCCAUUUCGGGUCAAAACCGUCAUUUUUGACCAAAACCAAGUCCACCGGGUCAAUACGGGUCAAACCAUGUCGACCAGGGUAAAAACUGAGUUUCGGGCUGUUUCGGGUCAAAAACCAUCAUUUUCGACCAAAACCCGGUUCACGGGGUUGAUACCCAUCAGAAGUUUUUUUCUCAGUGUUUCAACAUAAUUUUCGGUAAUUAAAAUUGAUUUUUAGCGGUUAAGUCGGGCUUUUUCUAAUACUGAUUUGAGUUUUAAUUUUAUCUAUAUAAAUAUUUAUUAUUAUAUAUAAUAAAACAAAAAAUCAAUAAUUCAAAGUAUUUUUUUUUUCAACGGAGUAGUUCAAUUAUGCAUGUAGUAGUUAUGUUGAUAUAUUUUUUUAUUUGGGGUAGAUGAAAGGUGGAUGUGAUUUGUCCCCUACUCAUUGGCUAUAAAUAGCCACGAGAGCGGGAAGAAGAAGGAGAGGAGGGAAAAAAAAAAAAGAACGAAAGAAAGAAGAAAGAAUUGAAACUGCUGUAUUUUUUUCUAGUUUUUCUUAACGAGAGUAGGAUAUUGUUUUUAAAAAAAAACAAUUUGAAAAAUACCAAAUAUAUCCCGAUAUAUCUCAGCCGUUGAAAUAUUCCAAGAUUUGAUCUCGUUGCGCCACGUCAGCCGGUGCACCGAGAUUUCUGUGCACCGCCACACACCAGAUCAACGCUCUGCUCAUCCAGACCGUUCGUUCAAUCUGCUAAUCUAGCCAAUCACAGCCAUCCGAUCAUUCCAUCCGAGAUCCAACGGCGUACAGUGUUCCGUGGUACCGGUGUACCAUACACGCGUUCACACUGUAACGUAAUCUCGGAGCCUCUCUCUCCUCUCGCCGGCGACGUUCUCUCUCUCAUCCGAUCUCCACUUUCCGGCCACCUCUUGCCUCCGCACCACCACAGAAAGGUUUAUCCCCUUCUGUAAAGAAAAACCCCGGUGGUUUUCAGCGUUUUAUCCGCCUCAUCUGGCCGGAAAAAGGCCGCGAUUGUCGGCGGCCACCGAAGCUUCAAGUCGUCGAUUCUCCUUCGUCAGCCAUCAACGACCGACGAUACCACCGCCAUCAGAAUCCUCGUCCUCAGAUCUACCAGGAUCGACCGUCGUUUGGACAGAAAUCUCGCCGGGAAAUUUCGCCGCCGCCAACAGUAGCCGCGCGUGAGUCACACGCGCCGCCAGUGGCAUUUCCGUAAUUUUCGGAGAAUUUCGAGGGUAUUUCAGUCUUUUACCUAUACAGUGAUACUCAGGUUGAAAUAUAGGUCCCCCAAAAGACCAUAAAAUUCAUUACACUCGACUACGAAGGAAAAUAAUGGAGAACGAAGAAAGAGCACAUCUAGAGGCUCAUUACCAAAGGGAGUUGGAGAGCAUGAAAAAUGAUAUUACACGACUUACAAGUCUACUCGAGCAGGCCCUAGCAUCCAAGUCCAUAGAAAAUACCUCUACUCAGCCAGCAGUCGCAACUCCAUCUGGAUCUAUGCCAGCAGCUCCUUUUGUAUUCACGUCUCAAAAUUUAGGGGCAAAUCCCUCUUUAUUUGAACAACAGUCCACUACCAAUGUUCCACCAGCACAAGUGCCGGUUACUGUAAACUUGACAGCUGAUGACCCACGUAUGAUGAAAUUCUCUAAACAUGUUGAUUAUGAGAAGUUGACCGCUCUAGAAGACAGAUUGAGGGCAGUCGAAGGGGCAGACUUAUAUGAUCCUGUUCAUGCGGCAGAGAUGUGUUUAGUUCCAAAUGUAGUUGUACCUAAAGAAUUUAGGGUACCAGAAUUCAUCAAGUAUACUGGAACUGAAUGCCCAGUCACACAUCUUAAAUCUUAUUGCAAUAAGAUGGCAGAAGUAGUGAAUGAUGAGAAACUUCUCAUCCAUUUCUUUCAAGACAGUCUUUCUGGAUCGGCACUAAGUUGGUAUACAAGGCUGGAUAAUACCAAGAUCAAAAAGUGGAAAGAUUUGGUAAAAGCUUUUGUGGAGCAGUAUAAAUUCAACAUGGAGGUAGCCCCGGACAGGUCAAGCUUGUUAGUCAUGGAGAAGGGCAACAAAGAGACUGUAAGAGAAUAUGCUUUGAGAUGGCGUGAAAAAGCAUCUCAUGUGCAACCCUCUUUGUUAGAAAAAGAAAUGGUCACUUUGUUUUCCAACACUUUUAAAUCUCCUUACUUUGAACACCUAGUGGGUAGUUCAGCUCAACAUUUCUAUGAUGCCGUAACUAUCGCUGAGAGGAUAGAACAAGCAAUAAGAAUAGGGAGAAUGGUAGAGCCUACUGAGAAGAAAGGCUUUAUUGGGAAAAAGAAGGAUUCUGAGGUAAACAACGUGGAAGGAGUGUAUAAGGGUAAGAAGAAAAAUUACCAUCAUUAUAACUUCCAAAUACCUACCCAACAAGUUGCAAGUGUAAACUUCACUAAGCCUUUCCCUACCAACCAACAAAACCCACCAAAUGACCAACAAAGUAACCAAAUUGUUAAUCCUCCAAGAAGGAACUUUCAAAGAACCCAAGAACGAUUGCCACCAUUACCACUUCCCUUGGGAGAAAUGUAUUCAAAGUUGUUGAGUAUUGGGCAAGUGGCUCCUGUUCCCUUAACCCCACUGCAACCUCCAUACCCAAAUUGGUAUAAGCCGGAUCUGACAUGUGAGUAUCAUGCUGGCAUUGCUGGGCAUAACAUUGAAAGCUGUAAUGCAUUUAAAAACAAGCUUCUGCAAUUGAUAAAAGCUGGAUGGAUAACUUUUGAUGAUGCACCGAAUGUGAAUUCUAACCCUUUACCCAAUCAUGCUGCAAGUAGUGGAGGGGUAAAUGCUGUAGCAGUAGAGGGUAAGAAGGAAAGAGUUUUGAAGGUUUCCAUGGAAAGACUGUAUGAUAUGAUGGUACAGUCUGGAUAUUUACCUGAGGUUGAACCAGUGAUGAAUGGAAAUAAUUACUGUAAGUUUCAUGGCGAGGUGGGACAUCACAUUGAUGAUUGUCAAGAAUUUCACCAGGAAGUGAAAAGGAUGCUGACUUUCGGCAUGAUAAGGAUAGAGAGUGAAGAAGAAAGCAGUGAAAUUGGGAUGAUAGGCCGUCAGGAGAAAAAAGUGGAGGUUUGUAGACUCCAACCAACUGUGGGUGGUCCACCAAAACUAAUCCUGACCAAACCUGUGUGCAUAAAUAGUGGAAGUUAUAACACAAUGCCUUACAAUUAUGGAUAUUCUUUCAACAUUAAGGAUCCUACUCCUAUCUUCCAUACUGAAAUCGGUGGUUUAACUCGAAGUGGUCGGUGUUUUACACCAGAAGAAUUGGAGAGGCAGAGGAAAGCUAAAGGAAAAGAAAUAGUUGAUGCUUUUAAAGGUAUGGAAGUGAACAAACCUAUAAGUGAAGAUGAGUCUAAUGAAUUUCUGAAGUUGAUGAAGCAUAGUGAGUAUAGUGUGGUAGAUCAGUUGAAGAAAACUCCUGCUAGAAUCUCUUUAAUGUCACUUAUCUUGAGUUCUGAAUUACACCGUAAAGAAUUGCAAAAGGUGUUGAAUGAAGCAUAUGUGCCCCAAGAUAUUACUCAGGAUACAAUGGAACAUUUGGUGGGAAGAAUUCAAGCCUCUAAUUACUUAUACUUCACUGAAGAUGAGCUAGACCCGGAAGGGACUGGGCAUAACAAGCCUUUGUACAUCACCGUGAAAUGUAAGGACUGUCUGAUUGGCAAAGUGCUUGUGGAUAAUGGUUCAGCUCUGAAUGUGCUACCAAGGCAUAUGCUAGAUGAGAUGCCAAUUGAUGCUACUUAUAUGAGGCCAAGCACUAUGACAGCUAGAGCAUAUGAUGGUUCCCCUAGACAGGUAAUAGGGACCAUUGACAUUGAAUUGUUUGUAGGGCCUCAGAUGUUUUUGGUAACCCUACAAGUAAUGGAUAUACAUCCUUCAUAUAGCAUGUUAUUGGGAAGACCAUGGAUACACGCCUCUGGGGCUGUGACAUCAUCUCUACACCAAUGUCUUAAGUACAUUAUCAAUGGUACUUUAGUGAAAGUUAAGGCAGAAGAAACCUUGUCCAUGAUAAGGAAUGUGUCAGUCCCCUAUAUUGAAGCAGAAGAUUGUAAAGAUGGAAAUCUCCAUGCCUUCGAGAUUGUGAACACUGAAUGGGUACCAGAGAAUACGGUGCUGAGAAGACCAAUUAUUUCUAAUACUUCCAGAAUGAUAGCUAAGUGCUUUUUGAAACAUGGGCUACCAUUCCAGAAUGCUUCACUUACUGGAAGUUUUAAGGGAGUCAACAUGAUGAAAGUUAAGGCUGCUGAUCAGAGGUUUGGGCUUGGCUUUAAGCCUAAGAAAGAUGAUUACAAGAGAGCUGCUAGGAUUAAGCGAGAAAGAAGGUUGGCCAGAAUGGAAGGAAGAAAGCCAGAAGAAGAAGACAUUGUAAUCCCACCCAUCCAUGUUUCUUUCCCAAAGUCAGCAUAUGUAAUGAAACCUGAAAACAUGAUAGAAGUCUUGGGACAGAAACUUGUCGUCAUGGAUAUCAACAAUGUAGAGGAAGGUGAAGGAAAAGGCUGGAAUUAUAAUGAUGAGCCGAAAACAACAGAAGAAGAUGAACUGUUACCUCAGUUAACUGUCCACUCUCUAGAAGAGGCUCCAACCAAUAUCUUUGUGCGAAAGCUUUCAGUUGAGGAAGUAUUCCAGAAUUGGGAGAUUGAAGAAGCCCCAGUUGUUUUCAAGAAUUCCGCUUUCAGGAAUUCUAAAAGUGAAUCCUCCAUAAAUCCACAAACAUAUUGCAUUGAAAAUGAAUGGCCAAACUUUGAUAAGGAUGUGAUUGCAAUGGAUGAAGAGGAAUGGAAUGAAGAUGAUAUGAAGGAGUUUACUAGACGGGCAGAACAGUCUGACCAUGCUUGGAAACCUGCAAAAGAAGAAUUAGAGGUGAUAAAUGUAGGCACAGAGCAAGAUAAAAGAGAGCUAAAGAUUGGAACUCUGAUUACCACAGAAGAAAGAUGUAGUUUAACAGCACUACUACAAGAGUAUACGGAUGUGUUUGCCUGGUCUUAUGCAGAUAUGCCUGGUCUAGACAUUGAUAUUGUAGUACACAGAGUGCCUCUGAUAGAAGGAUGUAAACCUGUUAAGCAGAAAUUGAGAAGAACUCGCCCGGAUAUUCUACUCAAGGUCAAAGCAGAGAUAGAGAAGCAGUGGGAUGCCGGUUUUCUAGAAGUUAUUAAAUACCCUCAAUGGGUAUCUAACAUAGUGGUAGUCCCAAAAAAGGAUGACAAAAUCAGAGUAUGUGUAGACUUCAGGGAUCUAAACAAAGCUAGUCCCAAGGAUGAUUUUCCUUUGCCUCACAUAGAUGUUCUGGUGGACAAUGCUGCUAAGAGUUCAACUUAUUCCUUCAUGGACGGAUUCUCCGGGUAUAACCAGAUUAAAAUGGCUGAAGAAGAUAAAGAAAAGACCACUUUUGUCACACCAUGGGGAACAUUUUGUUACAAAGUGAUGCCAUUCGGGUUAAAGAAUGCUGGAGCCACAUAUCAAAGGGCAAUGGUGACACUUUUCCAUGAUAUGAUGCAUAAAGAGAUUGAAGUGUAUGUGGAUGAUAUGAUUGCCAAGUCUAAGAAUGGAGAAGAUCAUGUUCAGGUUCUAAGAAAAUUAUUUGAUAGACUAAGGAAGUAUCAGUUGAAGCUGAAUCCUGCAAAAUGCUCAUUUGGGGUAAAGUCUGGAAAGUUGCUGGGAUUUGUGAUAAGCAAUAAAGGAAUAGAGGUCGAUCCUGAUAAAGUGAAAGCAAUUCAGGCUAUGACAAUUCCUAAAACUGAGAAAGAAGUAAGAGGCUUCUUAGGACGUUUAAACUACAUCGCCCGAUUCAUAUCUCAGUUAACAACAACAUGUGAGCCAAUCUUUCGGUUGCUUCGAAAAAAGAAUCCUGGUACAUGGGAUAAAGACUGUCAAGAGGCUUUUGACAAAAUAAAGCAAUACUUACAGAAUCCACCUUUGUUAGUGCCACCUGUGCCUGGAAGACCUUUGAUCUUGUAUUUGACAGUAACCGAGGUAGCAAUGGGCUGUGUGUUAGGACAACAUGAUGAGUCUGGAAGAAAGGAGCAAGCUAUCUAUUAUCUGAGUAAGAAGUUUACCGAUUGUGAAUCCAGAUAUACUAUGACUGAGAAGCUAUGUUGUGCCCUUGUGUGGAGUACGAAGCGUCUUCGACAAUAUAUGUUGUAUUAUACCACCUGGUUGAUCUCAAAAAUGGAUCCACUUAAGUACAUCUUUGAGAAACCUUACUUGUCAAGCCGAAUAGCAAGGUGGCAAGUAAUGUUGGCAGAGUAUGACAUUGUAUACAAGACAAGAACAUCUGUAAAGGGAAGUGUAAUUGCUGAUCAUUUAGCAGAUAAUGCUAUCAAAGAUUAUGAGCCUUUGAAAUUUGACUUUCCGGAUGAGGAUGUGUUAAUAGUCGAAGAAGACAAAGAGAAGAAUGAUUGGUGGAUCAUGUAUUUUGAUGGGGCAGUGAAUGUAUCUGGCAAUGGAGCAGGGGCUGUGAUAAUCUCACCUGAUAAGAAGCAAUAUCCCAUCUCAAUCAAGCUACAAUUUGAAUGCACUAACAAUACUGCUGAAUAUGAGGCUUGUAUCCUUGGCUUAGAAGCUGCUUUAGAGAUGAAGGUAAAGAAGCUUGAUGUCUAUGGGGAUUCAAUGUUAAUAAUCUGUCAAGUGAAAGGCGAAUGGCAGACCAAAGAAGAAAAAUUGAUACCUUAUCAACAAUAUCUCUCAAAACUGACCGAGGGCUUUGAUGAGAUAGAUUUUACCCAUAUGGGAAGAGACAAAAACCAGUUUGCUGAUGCUUUGGCAACCUUAGCCUCUAUGGCCAAAACUGAUUACGGCAUCAGGGUACAACCAAUCUGCAUUGAGAUUAGAGAUUUUCCAGCUCAUUGUUGUGCAAUUGAAGGAGAAGUAGAUGGGAACCCAUGGUUUUAUGACAUCAAGCGGUUUAUCCAAUAUCAAGAGUAUCCCUUGGGGGCAUCUAAAGCAGAUAUGAAGACCUUGAGACGUUUAGCCAUGGAAUUUUACCUGGAUGGAGAAAUUCUAUAUAAAAGAUCAUUCAAUGGGACUUUACUAAGAUGUCUAGAUGAAAUCGAAGCUAAGGUAGCAUUGCAAGAAAUUCAUGAAGGAAUUUGUGCAACUCAUGCAAGUGGGCAUAUGAUGGCCAGACAACUGCAACGAUCUGGAUACUUCUGGAUGACCAUGGAGAAAGAUUGCAUUGAUUAUGUCAGAAAAUGCCAUAAAUGUCAGGUGUAUAGUGAUAAGAUAAAUGCACCUCCAGCUCAUCUGUUCAAUAUGACAUCACCAUGGCCAUUUGCAAUGUGGGGAAUAGAUGUGAUUGGCCCAAUCAACCCAAAGGCCAGCAAUAGGCAUCAAUUUAUCUUAGUAGCCAUUGAUUAUUUCACAAAGUGGGUGGAGGCCAGCUCUUAUGCUCAUGUAACUCAAAAGGUGGUCAAGUGUUUCAUUGAGAAAGAUUUGAUUUGUCGGUACGGUUCACCUGAGAAGAUAGUGACCGACAACGCCCAAAAUUUUAAUGGGAAAAUAAUCACAGAAUUGUGUGUGAAGUGGAAAAUUAAACACUCAAACUCAUCUCCUUACAGACCGAAGAUGAAUGGUGCUGUCGAAGCUGCAAACAAGAAUAUCAAGAAGAUUAUCCAGAAGAUGGUAGUCACUUAUAAGGAUUGGCAUGAGAUGCUUCCCUUUGCUCUACAUGCGUAUCGCACAGCAGUAAGGACAUCUACUGGAGCUACACCUUACUCAUUAGUAUUUGGGAUGGAGGCGGUGAUGCCUUUGGAAGUAGAAAUUCCAUCUUUGAGAGUACUAAUGGAAUCUGAACUAGAAGAAGCUGAAUGGGCUAAAGUGAGAUAUGAGCAGCUAAACAUGAUAAGUGAGAAGAGGUUGGCUGCAAUUUGUCAUCACCAGUUAUACCAAAGAAGGAUGGCCAAAGCAUAUGACCGGAAAGUCCGACCAAGGGAAUUCAAAGAAGGGGAUCUUGUACUAAGAAAAAUCUUACCAUUACCAAGUGAGGAUAGAAGCAAGUGGGCACCAAACUAUGAAGGCCCGUAUGUAGUGAAGAAAGCAUUCUCUGGAGGGGCUUUGUUGUUAACUAGAAUGGAUGGAGAUGAUGUAUCUAGGCCUGUGAACUCUGAUUCUGUGAAAAAGUAUUAUGUAUGAUGUGUUUCAUCCAAUCAUAAUCAAUUAAAUAAAGUUUGGCCAGGAAAUUCUCUUUGCAUAUACCUCACCAAAAACCCAUGCAUGAUCUCAAUGGCUCAACAAUUUGAUCCUUCA